AUUUUUAAAGAGUCAAAAUACCAGUGUGAUCCCUGCCCUGACAGUCAACAUUCACCUUAUAACGGUUUUAAGUAUCAUUCAAAAAAAAAAUCUUGAGCUUCGUUGAUCUGAAGAAAGCAAAGUUGAAUUGUAAAGAAGCUGGCCAGGUGAUUUAGAAACCAGCCAAACAAACAAGAGUGGUGGCAAAUACCCAACAUUCCUUUAGCAUCAUCUCUUUGCAAUUGCAACAUGACCAACAUUAAAUUGAAUCCCUUGAAUCUUCCCGAAAUCAUCUCUCCCAUUGCUGGCUUCCUCGAUCGAGAAGACCUUCUAAACUGCAUCCUUAUCUCCAAGGCUUUUUAUAGUGCAUGUAUCGGGUCUAUAUGGAGAAAAAUCGUUGUCAAAGAUUUCAAAAGCCCUUCCUGUCUCACUGGCGAAAUACUCCAGAAACAUAGGGAGUAUAUUGAGGAGAUUGUGUUUCAAAGCACCUUUCCAGAAGUAUAUACGACAUUGCGAGGAUGCGGUCGCCUUCAGUCCAUUAGCUUUGGUCCAGAAUACAAUCAGCUAGCCCAGCCAACGAUACCGAAACACCUUCCGGACUUCAUCAAAGCCCACUCCACCAUCACCAAGCUCUCCUUUAAAAAUGUUACAUCAUCACAUGUCCUCUGGGGGAUACUAUUGGAUUGUACCAAUCUCAAUCGCUUGGAGUUGUUUGAUAUACUUGGAGAGGUUGAAGCUGAUCUAUUCUUUCAAGUCUACAAGAAACUUGGGCACCUGGUCUUGGAUAAUGUAAGCCUAGGUCAGCUUCCUACCAAAUUCUUGAAUAAUGAGGGCAGCGAGUAUACUUUCCCAAAAAUGCUCACUUUAAGCAUUAACGACUUCACGAUAAGGCCGAGGGUACAUCCGUACACACCAUCGUAUUGCCUUGGCACGUUGUUGAGGAGUUGUCCGGGGCUGUGUGCGUUGAAAUUUAGUGAACCUGUUGAGCGCGACUCUUUUAGAGGACUAAUGCCCUUUAAAACCAGCCGUCACUAUAUAGAGGCAUUUCUUCAGCAUCCCUGGACUCUGUAUAGUUUGUCAGAGCUAUUUUUCCCGAACCUGACAAUAAUAGACGAGGAUAUGGCGGCACUUCUCAGACAGAUGACUGAUCUAAGGCGGCUAAAUAUCCUAGGCUGUGACUUCAGCCAGCUCUCUCUACAAGAAUUACUAGCGGACAGACAGAAGGUGUUGGACGAUGGGCAUAUGGUCUGGAGGACUAGAUCUCGGAGGCUCUGCGAGACAAUUGAGAUAUUGAAGUUCGAUGUACAAGGCAUCGGGAUGAAAGGCAUUGUUCAAGCUGUUUUAUCGAAUUGCCCACGACUGAAGCAGCUAAGAGGACCUAGAAUCACGGUGACAGAGAUUAUCGAUGGAGCAGAAUGGGUUUGCACUGGAUUGACUUACCUGAUUAUCUACCUUGAGGCAGACGUCGACCAAAGGACUGAGGAAGGCAUGGCAAAGGCACGCAUCGCAUUUAGGCAACUAGGCAAAUUGACCCAGUUAGGAUACCUUGACGUAAGAGAAUGGGGCCUAUGGGAAACAAUAAAACGAACCUUGGACUUUAAGCUAAGAGCAGGUCUGGAUGAACUAGCUAGCCUGAAGAGCCUGCACAGGCUGGUGUUCAGGGAUGACAGUUUCCAGAAUAUGCAACUUGAGGAUGCGACAUGGAUGGUGAACAAUUGGCCGAACCUAAGGAAAUUGGAUUGCCCUCUGAUAGACGACCCAGCUGUGGCUUCCUUAUUCGCAUCACGCGCGCUCCCAGGGGCUAAUAUUGAAAAGAUUAAAUUUAAAGCCUACGAAUCUUUCUCGGAGGAGUAUGGACCAUUACAGAGACUCAGGUCCAUCGCAUACGAAGUGGAGUAUACAUGGCCCAUACCGGUCCACCUCUACAAUCAGAUUAAGCUUCAUAGUUCCAUCAUCACUAGCUUUUACCUGGACGAACGUAUUUGGAAUCUGCCUGAGAUCUGGAAGGCUUUACUAGAAUGCACCAACUUCAAGCACUUGAAGCUUGAUCACAAAUAUAUCAGAGCUGAAGCCAAUCUAUUCCUUCAAGUCUGCAAGAAAGUUAGGCACUUGGAAUUGAAGCGUGUAGCCAUCUACCAGCUACCUAUCAACUUCCUAAAUAUUGAGGAUAGUAAUUGUAUAUUCCCAAAUAUACGCACACUGAGCAUUGAGAAAGUCAAUACACUCAGUCCUCGAGGUCCGUACACAUCACCGUGUUGCGUCAGCAUGUUGGAUAGGAGAUGUCCAGAAUUGUCCUCAUUGCAUAUUAACGGCCAAGAAUUAGAUGAUGAUCGAGGCUUCUUCAGGGUAGCAUUCCUUCAGAACCCUUGGACUCUGAACAGUUUGUCAGAUCUGACUUUCCUUCAUACACAGGUAAAAGACGAGGAUAUAGCAGCGCUUCUCAGACGAAUGACUGGAAUGAGGCGACUCGGCGGCUACAGAAGUGGUGAUGCUCAAACCAUUUUAUCAAAUUGUCCACGACUGGGAAGUCUGACGGACCUUAAAGUCACAGUGACAGAGGUUGUCGAUGAGGUAGAAUGGGUAUGCGCUGGAUUGACUACACUGUAUAUUUAUUUUGCGGCAGAUAUUGAUCAAGAGACUGAAGAAGGUAUGGCAAAGUCACGCAUUGUAUUUAGACAACUAGGUAAGCUGACUCAACUAGAAUAUCUUGGCCUAACAAGCUGGUGGGGCACAGAGGAUGGAGGUGGACGGACGCUAGACUUGAGACUAAGAGCAGGUCUGGAUGAACUGGCUAAUCUAAAGAGGCUACGCACACUAAGCUUCGGAAAUAGUCUACCGCAGCGAACGCAACUUGAGGAUGCGACAUGA